CGAUGGAUAUUUACUUCCGUCAAUGGUGGGUGGACCCAAGAUUCGCUCACAACAUCGACCGAGCAUUCACGAUGGCAGGAGACGCAGCUAAGUUCUUCUGGACGCCGGGCACUUACUUCGUGAACGCUAAACUAUCCAGCUAUCGCUAUGUGACACGGGAGAACAUGCGGGUGAUGAUCUGGCCUAAUGGAAAGAUAUACUUUAGCACAAGAAUAACCCGACGGUACAGUGCAAUAUGGACCUUCGUCUUUACCCGAUGGACACCCAGCACUGUCCUCUCACCAUGGAGAGCUAUGCACACACUGUGGUAAAUAUUAUCUACAAAUGGCAGUCAGAUACAAAGGGGACUGGUAUUGAGGUUGUCUCGGAGGAGAUUGCGCAGUUUGAAUUAAGAGCUGUCAAGAAAGACACCGGUGCUCAGUCCAACAGCAAAGAACUUCCUGCCCACCAUAUUCCUGGUAAUGAUAUCAUGGUGCCAGUUCUGGAUCUCUGCGGACGCAGUCCCUGCCCGCUACUUCAUAAUCCUAAACACCCUGCAUGGCAUGAAGUAUAAGAUAGAGUCACCCUAACACCCUACGGCACAUUAACACUUACUUCAUAAUUCUAAGCACCCAGAUGGAUAGCACACUCGAUGACAUAA